CGCUCCGAUGUCGGUGUCGGAACGAGGCAUUCGAUACUUGGCGUCUUGAGAGUCGGGUGCUGCACUCUCUUUGAAGGCGGCUGGAGGUAUGGCUGGGUUCGUGUCAACUUCAACGGCAGGAACGGGUGGAUUUCGGGACGCUACGUGAACAUUCGGACUUGUUCGGGUAGCUCCGGCACAUCGGGUAGCCCCAGCGCUGUCUGUCCCCACAUCAUCAGCAGGUCCGAGUGGGGCGCUAGAUCCCCACGGUCUACUAGCAAUCUUGACGGGCCUGUGGAAUACGCCUUCAUCCAUCAUGGAGGCAAUGGAGCCUGUUCCAGUCAGAGCUCUUGCUCCGCCAUUGUCAGGAGCUAUCAGAAUUACCAUAUGGACACACACGGCUGGAGCGACAUCGGCUACAGCUUCCUCAUAGGCGAGGACGGCAAUGUCUACGAGGCUCGUGGCUGGGACAGGACAGGGGCUCACACCCGGGGCUACAACAGUGUUGGUCUGGGUUUCUGUUUCAUCGGUAACUUCAUGACGCGUGCCCCCAACAGUGCGGCUAUCAACACUGCCAAGGCCCUUAUUGCUUGCGGCGUCAGCAUGGGCAAGAUUCAGUCCAACUACAUCCUCAGAGGCCACCGCGACAUGGGCAGGACUGACUGUCCCGGGACAGCUCUGUACAACAUCAUCAGAACGUGGCUGCGCUAUUGAAAUGUCCAUUUCACAAGACAUAUAUUAAUGGUAUGUCAUUUUGAAUAAAUUUGAUGAUAGA